AUGUAUACAAAGACUCUCACAUCCGGCAUUGAUACUAGCGACUUUGAGCAGUGUUGGGAGACUCUGAAACAGGCCCUCACAGACAUCCACAACCAGAACUGCAGCACGCUGUCGUUCGAGCAACUCUACCGAGCGUCUUACAAGAUAGUACUUAAGAAGAAAGGCGAGUUACUUUACGAGCGGGUUAAGCAGUUUGAGGAGCAAUACUUUUCCGAGCACGUCAUCCCCACCAUCGAGCGCCUGGUCACAGCCAACCUCGUAAGCGCCGCUAUGGGUGGUGCGGCCACAUCAGUCAAUGAGCGGCGAAAGAUGGGCGAGAUAUUCCUUGGAGGUGUGAGAAAAUCUUGGGACCACCACAACACUUCCAUGAACAUGACGGCCGAUAUUCUCAUGUACCUCGACCGGGGCUACACCCAGGACGCCCGCAAGGCGUCCAUCUACACGGCCACAAUUGGUCUGUUCCGUGACCAUAUUCUCCGGGCGUCGCUCAACUCGAGUGGACAAUACACCAUCUUUGACAUACUCAACUCGGUCAUUCUCGACCACGUCAACAUGGAGCGCGACGGUGAUACAAUUGACCGCCACCUGCUGCGGAACAUUGUUCGGAUGCUGGAUUCUCUCUACGAGUCUGACGAAGAAAACGAGGCCGAGAAGCUGUACCUGACCGUAUUCGAGCCCGCCUAUCUCGAAUCCGAGCGUGAUUACUACAGGCGCGAAUGCGAGCGACUGCUCCGCGACGCCGACGCCGGCGCAUGGCUGCGGCACACCCAACGCCGACUGCAGGAGGAGAACGACCGAUGUGAUACCACCAUCCACUAUGAGACGAGAGAGAGGUCCAUCAAGGUUGUUGAGGAGGAGCUCAUCUCGGCACAUCUGGACGACUUUUUGAACCUCGAAGGUAGUGGCUUGAAAUCGAUGGUCAACUACGAUCGCGAGGAGGAACUGUCUAUCCUCUACCAGCUGGUAUCACGGGUCGAUUCGAAGAAGGCAUCGCUGAGGAAGAUAUUGUCCGCGCGUGUAAUUGAGCUCGGCCUCGAGAUUGAACAGAUGUUGAAGGAUACCAACUUCUCAGCCGCCUCGGCACAGGCUGACGGGGAGGAGAUUGAUGGCGGAGAGAAAACCAAGGCGUUGAGCUCGUCCGCUCAGCAGACGGCUGCGGCGAUCAAGUGGGUCGACGAUGUCCUCAAGCUCAAGGACAAGUUCGACAACCUGUGGACCAAGUGCUUUCAAGAGGACCUCAUUAUUCAAACCGCACUCACGAAGAGCUUCUCCGACUUUAUUAACAUGUUCACCAAGAGCUCCGAAUAUGUCUCACUAUUCAUCGACGACAAUCUUCGACGCGGUAUCCGAGGCAAGACCGAGACCGAGACCGAGGCAGUACUGGAGAAGGCCAUCACGGUGAUCCGCUACCUCUCAGACAAGGACCUCUUUGAGCGGUACUACCAGAAGCACUUGGCGAAGCGUCUGCUGAACAACAAGUCGGAGAGCCACGAUGUCGAGAAGUCGAUGAUUUCGCGGAUGAAGCAAGAGCUUGGCAACCAGUUCACCGCCAAGUUCGAGGGCAUGUUCAGAGAUAUGGAAUCGUCUGCCGAGUUGACGUCAGGUUACCGGGACCAUAUCAAGGGCUUGGGCGACAUGUCACGCAAACAGAUCGAUCUCGCUGUUAAUAUCUUAACGACCAACUCAUGGCCUCCCGAGAUCAUGGGCCGUACGUCGCAGUUCUCCGAGGGCGGCGGCUGCAUCUUCCCCGAAGAGAUCAAGCGCCUCCAGGAAAGCCUUCUCAAGUACUACCUUACAAAUCGCAGUGGCCGUAAGCUGACUUGGCUUGGGUCAACCGGCAACGCCGAUGUCCGCUGUGUUUUUCCCGCCGUUCCUGGUGGAAAGGGCCCGCUGGCGCGUGAGCGUAAGUACGAGAUCAAUGUGCCGACUUACGGCAUGGUUGUGCUCUUGCUCUUCAACGAGCUCGGGGAGGGCGAGGAGCUUUCCCUGGAGGAGAUUCAGGCUAAGACCAACAUACCGCCUCAAGACCUUGCCAGAACCCUUACUUCUCUGGCCAUCGUCCCGAAAGCGAGAUUGCUGGCCAAGGAGCCUGCCAACAAGUCCAUCAAGCCGGGCGACAGGUUCAAGUUUAAUACUUCUUUCGUUAGCAAGACUGUCCGCAUCAAGGCGCCCAUCAUCAACGCCACCAGCAAGGUCGAGGGCGACGAGGAGAGGAAACAGACAGAGGAGAAGAACAACCAGACCCGAGCCCAUAUCAUUGACGCCGCGCUUGUCAGAAUCAUGAAACAACGUAAAGAGCUCGGCCAUUCGCAGCUCAUCACCGAGGUUAUCGACCAACUCAGCAGUCGGUUCAAGCCCGAGAUCAGCCUCAUCAAGAAGCGGAUCGAGGACCUCAUCGUGCGCGAGUACCUCGAGCGGGUGGAGGAUGCAUCAACACCAACGUAUCGCUACCUGGCGUAA